UGACGUUUAAAUUACGUACGACACGCGACACGUUCUUCUCUUCAUUUCUUCUAUAACGUUAAAAGAAAAAAAAAGAAAAUAAAAAGAAAAAAAGACAGAGAAAAGAAGGCACUAUAACUUUGAUUCUGGAUCAUCGUGCAACAAUCUUUGAUAUUUUUUCAUCAAGAUCAUCAUAAUACAAGUAACUAAAUUACUUUGUAUGCUCUUGUAAUCGGAUCUUGACUUGGAUGAUGUGUCUAGAUUGAUUAAUUCUACUGCCAGAUAGAAUUCGCUUAGUAUGGACGACGAGGACGUGAACGAUCUGCCAGUUGAUUACAGCAAGAAGUAUACCGAGAGAAAUGCUCCGCCGCAAAAUCAUUUGGCCGAGUCGAGUGCGCAGCAAUCAUCACGUCGUACCUCGAAGAAGGAGUACGGCGAACACGACUCCAAGGUGGAUCUGUUCGGCGACUACGCUGAGACUGAUCUGGAUCAGCCGACGGAUUAUAGUCUACGAUACGCCGAGGAUGACACUGACGAGGAGGAGAAACAGGGCGCUGAAUAUUUCCCUGUCAGCGGACAAGAAGAUACAGUCAAGACUUACUGUACAGAGGGAACUCCUUACGAGACACCCUUCAAUUUCUCCACGGCCACCUCCAUGUCGGAUCUCCGAGUCGAGGACGUGAAGGAGAGCGAACUCUCGAAGAAAAUGCCGAAGAAGCCGAUUGAAAUCGUUAGGAAGAGUCCUGUGUCCUUUAUCAAACAGCCUGAGAUGCCUGACUGCGAUGAACAAGAUGGUCUGAUAACGAAAGAACUAGAGGAGGAGAACCCAAAGAAUGCUGCGGUUCUUAAUCCUGGCCAAGUGACUCCAGAGAAGAUAGUAAGUUAUUAUGAGGAGGAAACAUCGCACGGUUUCUCUCGUGCCAAUUCAUUAAGUUCUCUGAGUAGUGCAGUAACUUCUCAGAAUAACGUUCCAGGAGUUAUAUCAAAAAUAAACUCACCACCUUCCAUGAAUAAGGAAGAACUGGAAAAUGAUGAUCACAGUGCUCUGAAAUUGAAUAACAAUCAAGCAGAAUUGUCUUCGAGAAAUGAUAAUCUGUCCGAACACAAAAAUAAUCCACGUGUGCUGGAUAAAGAAGGAAAAAUGGUAACAUUUAGUGGCCAAGAUUGUUACGCAGAAGAAACUCCUUUAAUGUUUUCGCGCUGUAGUUCACUUGGCUCAUUGAGUGGAUUCGAGCAACAUUCAAUUCAUGACGAUCGUAGUUCUGUAGUCAGUGAUUUUAGUCGUAGGACCAGUGGUAUAGUUUCGCCAAGUGAACUACCAGAUUCACCUACACAGACAGCUUUACCUAGUCCACGUAAUCAUAAACCUCAGAAUACAGAAUUUCAUUCAAAACUACAAGAAGAGGCAGUAAGACCAUCAGUUCGACAGCAUUUAUCAUUUUCCAAACCGCAAACUACAAUGAAUAGUGUUUUUGAAGAUGAGAUUGCUACUUUCAAGGAAGAAUCAACACCAAUUGAAUUUUCUAGUGCCACAAGCCUAAGUUCUCUUACAAUUGACGACGAAGUCAAAUUAUCUAAUGGUACACAGAUAUAUCAUAAAUUAGAAAGAGUACCCAAUGAAGAUAAGAAAGACAUUCAAAGACUUGAGACUAAUAUGCUUAAUAUGACAAUAAACAGCUCAAAGAGUAAAGAAGAACAAGUAAGCGAUGGUGAUGAGGAUGAUGAAGAUAUGUUGGCUGCUUGUAUUAAUAUGGGAAUGCAAACUAACAGGUAUAGACAGUCUCUAAAGAUUCAGGAACCCACACAAACAGAAUCACCAAGUUUACCAAUCUUAGUAUCAUAUCAAAGAAAUUCUAUUCCAAGUAGAUUAGAAUCUCAUGCGACUUCUGUAGAGACACCUACCAGUACUUUGAAAACGAAUAGAACUGCGGUGGAUACCGUUGCUUCAGAUACCGUACACGUAUAUUGUACGGAAGAUACGCCCGCGGAUAUCUCUCCGGUAGGAUCGCAAUCCAAUCUGUCCGCUCUUUCGAUGCCAAGUGUACAAGAGGAUGUAGAAAAGAUAGAGCCAGAUAGCCAAUCAGUCGAAAUCGAUUGCCACAGAAGCAAUGAUUUAUUUGAUGAAAGUUCCAAUCUUUCAGGCGAGGACGAAAAAAUAUUAGAUGAAUGCAUUCAAUCAGGCAUACCUAAGGCGAGGCAAAUAACUUUAGCUCCAACAAAUAGCAUUCCGUUCGCCAAAAAGUCGGAAAUGUUGCAUACGAUUAACAUUUGCGGUACCCCAUCGUCUUCGCCUGUCGAAGCAAAUAAUGGAAAUAAGAAUCCCAUAUUGAGGCCUAAAUCGCCAGGCAAUGGGUUAUUGAGACAUCCGGACGAAUUUUCUGAUGACAGUUUGAAUCAUUCAGAUGAUGAAGCAAUUUUGACAGAAUGUAUACAGUCUGCAAUGCCAAAGGCAAGAUUUAGCAUAUCACCAUCAAUCAAACAGCCAUUAUUACAAGUCACAGAAAAUUCUAAAGUAAUGAAUACAAUGCAUACGCCUUCCAUUUCCUCAACAUUUCUGCAGUCAAGAUAUGUACAGCAAAGAAAGAAUGUAAUUAAAAAACGCUCAACUUUUGAAGAUAAUGUUGGACUUUCUGAAGAGGAGGAAGAUAUCAUGUUGGCGCAAUGUAUUAGAUCUGGGAUACCAAAAGCACUAAGUUCCAUACCUGCAACAGUGACGUCUACAAUCAAAAAAUCCGAGCCAUGCCCAAAAACUACGAAGAUUUUUUCGGCCCAUCCAUCUUCCUGUUUUACCAACAAGGUUUAUGCCUCCAAGAGCGCUGUACACUCACCAUUGUACAAAUCUGUAAAUGUCAACACGACGGACACGCAUUACACCAGAAAUGUAUCAAGUAAUCUUAAUGGUUUCUCAGGGAGAACGAGUAGUAAUAUAGCACAAUGUAGUGAGAUGUUGAGAAAUUGUGAUAAUGGUACACGAGAGAGGAUAAACAGUUCACCCUACUGUGCUCAAAGAUCGUCGUUUCGUCACACGGAAAGUGAAAAUGGCAAUUCCGUUGACAAUCAUUGUGUAUCUGCGCGAUCUCGUAUUGUGAAAUGUGCUCCGGUUUGCAAUAAAGUAGAAAACAAUGAUUACGCGUGUAAAAGUACAGCGAAUGGGGUUGUGCCUUUGCGUCACAGUUCGGCGAACUCUAUCAGUGAGGAUGCGCGGAUUUCCACACAGGAAUGGGCCCUAUUGGAAUUGUGUAUUAAUUCUGGUAUGCCUACAAACAAGUAUCGCAUUAAGGGAAUGAAGUCUAGUGAGAGUGCAGUAUCAAAUGGCCAUGAUGAUAAUGAGCCAAUACCAGAGGACAAUUAUUCAGUGUGCAGUUACAAUUCUUACGUUUUUAAAACAUAAUGUGCAAAUACAUGAUAAAAUUAGAGAAUUUCUCUCUGAACUUCUCUGCCUGAUGAUAUGUAUAUAUAUUGUAUAUUAAAAGACUGAAUAUUUUUAUAUAGUAAUUAAUAAAGUACACACGUUUAUUGUGUGUUUAAGGUGCUUAAUGGAACUGUAGAAAUUCCAUUGUGGAUUAAUUUUAAAUUAAUAAGCAUAGAAAUGAUUAUUGUGUAUUUAGGAUAUAUUUUAAAUAUUACAUAAAAAUAAAUUUUUUAAAUCUUUUA